GAAAAGGGGAAAAGGGUUGCGCGUGCAGCUUCGACGUCGCCGGGGAGGCGAGAAGCCGCGCGAGUGAAAAAAAAAGGGAAGGAUUCCAACAUGGCCGCCGCCACCGCAGCGGGAGAAUCGAGCAGCAGCGGUACUUCGUGUCCGAGCGGUGCGAGUCGCAGUGAGGAGAUUAUUAAACCCUCCAUAACGGAGCUGACCAAAGUGCGGACCAACAUCCUGUGUACGGUGCAAGGAUGCGGCAAAAUCCUCCCCAACACCCCGGCGCUCAACAUGCACCUCGUCAAGUCCCACAGAGUCAAGGAGGGUAUCGUGAAUCCUACGGUACGAAAGAAUAUGAAAGGUUCACAGAAGCUCUACUGUUGUCCGAUAGAGGGCUGUCCAAGAGGACCGAACAGACCUUUCUCCCAGUUUGCACUGGUUAAGCAGCAUUUUAUGAAGAUGCAUGCAGAGAAGAAGCACAAAUGUCUAAAGUGCAGUAAUGGAUACAGCACAGAAUGGGACUUGAAGAGGCAUUCCGAGGAUUGUGGAAGGACCUACAGUUGUACAUGUGGCUGUCCGUAUGCGAGUCGAACCGCACUGCUGUCACACAUCUACAGGACUGGCCAUGAGGUUCCCAAAGAGCAUAGGUAUCCGCCUGUCAAGAAAAGAAAAAUGGAAAAACUUUCUCGCAGUGCAACAAAACUCAAGCCUAUUGAACAAAGUUAUGAAAUGGAAGUCACAGAAGGAGCAGUUCCUGCUGAAGGAGCUUCCCACACUCCAGAUUUACCACAACACAACUCCAUCAAGUCUAAAAACCUCCAAAAGCUUCUCCUGCCCAUGCCUAAAAUGGCUUUGGUCAAUGUCCCUGUGAUGCAGCUGGCACACUUGCCUGUCCUCCUCCCCCCAGCAGAGAGCGGUGCCUUGAGGUCAGUGGUCUUGACCGUGGACACGCAAGGGUCUGUAAGUACCUUGCACCUCAUGCCUCAGUCGCUUGGGACAGUAGUACCUCCGUUAAACACUAAAAGUUUCAAAGAAACCACGCCUGUUUCCAGAUCAAACCUGGAUGCCAUCAGUACAGGGAUCCAAGUCAAUCUAGAAAACCUAGUCUCGGUUGAUGACCCCGUUAGCGAUUUGGGAUCAAGAAGUAAAAGCACCUCAACCAACAUUCAAACAGAUAUCUCAUUCCUCAGUAAGGGAUCUGUCGGGGGAGUCAAUAUCGGACCCACAAGUGAGGCCUCGGUGUCGUCUGGUUCCCAAACUGACAUCAGUGUGAGUGCCCAGAUCCAGCUACCGGUCAGCGUACAAACUCAGACGUUUCCUUUGAGGUCCAAAGUCACGUCCUCCAUCGGGGCACAAACUGAAACUCUCGGUCAGAUUCCUUUUCCGUCUGGUAACACAACGAGGGAAACCCAGACAAGUUGCUCUGCGAUGGCUCCGGUAAAUAAGACCCACAUGCACCAAGCUAUAAUGUGUGCAAAUCUUUUCGAUUCCGAUAUGCUCAACGUCUCUACACAGACCACAGUACACGGUGGCCCUUUUGGCACCAAUGAUCUUGAUCCCAUGAGCUCUGAAUCAGGAUUUUAUGAAGACAAAUCUGCAUCAUCCUUGUGCUUCGGAGCUCAGAGAGACCUUUUACACCAAAACACGGUAGCCGACAAUCAGACUCAGACGAUGAAUCUAUUCAGUGAUCUGGAGAACAUCCUUUCUGACACUAUGGCCAGUGGAGCUCAAAGCUGUGGAUCGGGCUUGGUUCCGGUGCAAGAGCAGCACACGGGCAUCGACUUUGACAUCGAGGAUUUCCUCAAUGCGACUCAUAUUCAGACUCAGACAGACGAGAGUGCCUUGGGAGGCUUGAGCUCAGAGACACCGCUGGAGCUGCUCGACAUUGAGACGCAGACUGAUUUCCUCCUGCUCGAUAACCUUGGAGAUGGUCAUCAUAGUGAUGUCAGCACCAGGGUCCAAAACAGCGAUCUCGAGCUGGAGAUGUUUGACACCCAGACCCAAACAGAUCUGAACUUUCUUCUAGACCCUAGUAGUCACAUGUCCCUGGGCAACAUCCUAAGACACUCCAGCUUCAACAUGAGCACUGAGUCCUCAGACACUGAGACCCAGACAGACAGCAGGGCUCCUGCACCUCCACCUACUCUACCCCUACCUUGUUCCAAUGAUGGACAGAUCAGACUUAGCAGCACAGAAACCCAAACGGUCUCCAGUUCCUCCAGCCUGGGCCACCUUUUCCUAACCAGUAAUGAGACACAGACAGUCAUGGACGAUUUCCUGUCAGCAGACCUGGCUUGGAAUGUGGAGUCCCAUUUCAGUUCAGUGGAAACCCAAACUGGUGAAGAUCUCCUGUCUUUCUUUCAGCACUCGGACAAAGCCAUCAGCUGAGCUCUCUGCGGCUCUAGCUCGUCCAUAGUGGGUGUGACAUUGAAAACCUUCAAUGGGAACUGUUUCUGAUGACUCGCCCUAGAGUUGGAUGAUUUGGGAUAGAAGCUGAAGUUCUACCAAGUGAUCAUCACCGUAAAGGGCUCGGUUUGGAAGGCAUUUGUGGCUCACUUGUAGUUAUUUAGCAUCUUGAGUCAUUCCAGUUGCAAGUAGUCUCAAAGCUUAAAGAGCUUUCAGCAGCCCUAUUUGGUUGGAAUUAGGUUUACGUACAGACUUGAAUUAAUUGCAUCGAUAGCAUUUAUAUCAUUUGCCCCGUUCCUUUUUUCUGGAUUGGCCACAUUAGUAUAUUUCUCAAGAAAAUUACAUACCAGCUCUGAGGUUAACUGACGACAGCUGACGGGGAAGUGGUAGAUUAGUGGUUAAGGUGUUGGACUACAGAUUGGAAGGUUGGAAGGUCAAAUCCCAGGUCCAUCAAGCUGCCACUUCUGGGCCCUUGAGCAAGGCCCUUAACCCUCAAUUGCUCAGUUAUAUAAAAUGUAAGUCGCUCCAAAUGCCAGAAAUGAUUUUAGUCCGAUCCAAAUACUCACCUUGGCGAUUUUGCAGGAAUCUUGUGUUACUCACCUGGUCUGCGUAUCAUCUUUCCGAGACGUGUAUCCUCUCUCAACAACGUAUUUGUUUUGAGUCAUAUUGAUAUCCAUGGUCUUUACGCUCGGUUUGCAUUAGCAAGAGAAAUGAGAAGAUCUUGAUCCUUUGAUAUUUAAAGUCUGAUUAAAAAGCAGUUAUAGCAUCGGCUACUGUUACAAACCUGUUCAUAUACACUUUAGACAAUAUCAUGCAAAUUUAGCUGCCUAGUAAGGGCGUAAAUCUCCCUCUGUUCCUCAGCACCAAUACGAUCCAACUGCCGUCUGACCUGGUCCGAUUCCAUUAAACCGAAAUGCAGGUUUUCCACCAUGGGAAAGUCUUCAGGAUGGAGGAUUUCUCAGUAAGAUUUUGUUAAUAACUUGGAAAGAGGGGAUAUAAGGAGAGGUCAGUGAGGUUAAUUAAAUGAAUUAGCUUGUGUACGUUCUCUAACAACUCUAUUAACUCUAAACGGAUAAAAAUUUGAUAAUUUUUUUUAAACCCA